CUUCUACAUUCUUACUGCCUUGGCUUUUGAGUCUAAGAAGGCCAAGGCAGAGUUUUUUCUUCCUCAUUUGCAAAUAAGCAAAAUGGCGUUCCAAGAUUUCGACCUGAUUACAGAACGACGAAAGCAAGAGAGGCAACAGAAGAUAAGGAAAAGGAUCACAAUUGCUAUUGUGUCUAGUGUUGCCAUCCUCCUCGUAGUUUCUGCUGCAAUUGGUGUGGUUUUUUUCAAUCAAAAAAAUGCGGAUACUUUCAAUAAGGAACCAAAGAAUGCAGCCCCGAAGCCUCUGGUCACAGCAGAAAAGGCUGUGAAUGCAGUAUGUGCAGUUACAGAUUACAAGGAAACAUGUAAGUAUAGCCUUUUGAAGACAGUCAAGGGUAAUGCAGCCACUCAACCAAAAGAAAUCCUCAAGGCCACAAUGGUUGUUGUUUCUGAGGGGAUUGAUGAAGUUAUUGAUCAUUCCAAGACUAUCAAAUUUGACACACCCCUUAAAAAGGCUGCAUUUGAUGAUUGUUUGGAACUUCUAAAAGAUGCCAAAGAAGAAUUAAAUAGUUCCAUUUCAACUAUUAAGGGCACGGAUUUGGGCAAGAUUUCCUCGAGAAUGCCUGAUAUUAACAAUUGGUUGAGUGCAGUAAUGUCUUACCAACAGACGUGUAUUGAUGGAUUCCCUGAUGGAGAGGAGAAGGCUACAAUGCAGAAACUCUUGAAAACUGCCAAGGAACUUGGCAGCAAUGCCUUAGCCGUUGUCUCACAAGUUUCAUCUAUCUUUUCCAAACUUCAAGUACCUAAUCUCAAGAGAAAUCUUUUGGCAUAUGAGGAUGGAUUCCCCACAUGGAUAAAUGAGGAAGAUCGAAGAAUUCUUAAAGCUGAUGACCCAAAGCAGACUGCAAACGUGACCGUGGCAAAAGAUGGUAGUGGAAACUAUACAACCAUCAUGGCAGCAUUAAAUGAUCUACCUCAAAAAUAUAAAGGACGAUAUGUUAUUUACAUCAAAGAAGGCGUUUAUGAAGAGAAUGUUAUAGUUACUAAGAAGAUGGAAAAUAUUACCAUCUGUGGCGACGGUUCCCAGAAAAGCAUCGUCACUGGCAAGAAAAAUUAUGUUGAUGGGGUACCAACAUUCCAAACUGCAACAUUUGCCGCACUAGGUGAUGGAUUCAUGGCCCAAUCCAUCGGAUUCAGAAACACGGCUGGUCCAGAAAAGCAUCAAGCAGUGGCUCUUCGUGUGCAGGCUGAUCGCUCAAUUUUUCUUAAUUGCAGAAUGGAGGGGUACCAGGAUACCCUCUACGCUCAAACUCACAGACAAUUUUAUCGAAGCUGUUACAUUACUGGUACAGUAGAUUUCAUAUUUGGUGAUGCAGCAGCUAUUUUCCAGAAUUGCAUGAUAUAUGUGAGAGAACCGAUGGAUAACCAACAAAAUAUCGUUACAGCUCAAGGAAGGGUAGACAAAAGGGAAACCACUGGGAUUGUGCUGCAAAACUGUCACAUUUUGGCAGAUGAUAAACUCAUGUCCGAGAAGGCCAAAAUCAAGAGUUAUCUUGGCAGGCCAUGGAAGGAGUACUCGAGAACCAUUAUAAUGGAAACGGAGAUUGAUGACUUGAUUCAGCCCGCAGGUUGGCUAGAAUGGAGUGGUGACUUCGCCCUCAAGACUCUCCAUUACGCGGAAUACAACAACAAAGGCCCAGGAUCUAGUACUUCUGGCAGAGUCAAGUGGCCGGGUUACAAAGCAAUUAAGAGGGAAGAUGCCUUGAAAUUUACUGUUGGUCCCUUCUUGCAAGGCAAUACUUGGUUGAAGUCUGCACAAGUUCCCGUGCAUUUUGGGUUGUUCAGCUGAAGUGUCUGGUUUACUUACUUGAGUACAAAAACAGGGAAUUCGAGAUUAGGAUAUUCUUUGGAGAUAGAGUUAUGCCAAUAAUAUCGGUGUUCAUUUCGUCGCCAGAAUUUUAUCUCUUUGUGCUUGUUAUUAAUUUAUUCAAGGCAUAAAUGAAUAGAUGAUUAUGGUAUUUAUCUAA